AUGUCAAUGGACGGUGAUCUCAUCGCUCUCGUCAACAAACUCCAGGACACCUUCAACGCCAUCGGCGGGGAUGCCGUCGACCUACCUCAAAUAGUAGUCGUGGGAUCCCAGUCAUCUGGUAAAUCGUCCGUUCUUGAGACCAUAGUCGGUAGAGAUUUCCUACCAAGAGGACAAGGGAUAGUGACCAGACGACCUUUGGUACUUCAGUUGAUCCACACCCCCGACUCUUCUUCCUCCUCGACAUCUGGUCUUUCUCCCUCUGCACACAACAACAAUUCUUCCUCAUCCAUUAGAAGAUCACCUAGAAUCGGUUCGACGGACGAUGGAAAUAAUGGUUAUUUGCCUAAUCUCGAACAUACCCCUACUGCCGGAGCGGGAAUAAUGAGACCCGGUGGAAGACAGAUGAACGAAUAUGGCAAUGUCACCUAUGCGGAAUUCUUACAUAUUAAUAGACGAUUCACGGACUUUGAGGAGAUAAGGAAAGAAAUUGAGAAUGAAACGUAUAGAGUUGCAGGCCAAAAUAAGGGAGUGUCCAAGUUACCAAUCAACUUGAAGAUCUACGGUCCAGGUGUACUCAACCUUACACUCGUCGAUCUACCAGGUCUGACGAAGGUUCCGGUGGGAGAUCAACCUACGGAUAUUGAAAGGCAAAUCAAGAACCUUGUGCUUGAUUAUAUCUCCAAGCCCAAUGCUGUGAUCCUUGCCGUCUCACCAGCCAACGUCGAUUUAGCCAAUUCUGAUGCCCUCAAAUUAGCUCGUUCGGUUGACCCCCGUGGUCUAAGGACUCUGGGUGUUCUGACGAAACUUGAUUUGAUGGAUGCUGGAACCAACGCUUUGGAUAUUCUGACGGGCAGGACUUACCCUCUCAAGCUUGGUUUCGUGGGAGUGGUCAAUAGAAGUCAACAAGAUAUCAUGCAAGAUCUACCUAUGGAUGAUGCGAGACAGAAAGAAGAGGAUUUCUUCAAGACUCAUCCAGUAUAUCGAAACAUCGCUCAUAGGUGUGGUACGAAAUACCUAGCGAAGACGCUUAACGCCGUAUUGAUGACCCAUAUAAGAGAGAAACUACCCGACAUGAAAGCUCGUCUGAACACUUUGAUGGGUCAAACCCAACAAGAAUUAAACGCUUUCGGAGAUGCUACAUUCUUAGGUGAACAACACCGAGGCUCUUUGAUCCUUAAAUUGAUGACAGAAUUCUCGAAAGAUUUCGUUUCCUCCAUCGACGGUACUUCUUUGGAGAUUUCUACCAAAGAAUUAUCAGGUGGAGCAAGAAUCUAUUACAUCUUCAAUGAAGUCUUCGGUCAUGCUUUAACUACCAUCGAUCCAGCCCAGAACUUGUCAUUAACGGACAUUCGAACUGCUAUAAGGAACUCUACCGGACCAAGACCAAGUUUGUUCGUUCCUGAGGUAGCCUUCGACUUGUUGGUCAAGCCCCAAAUCAAAUUGUUAGAACCACCAAGUCUGAGAUGUGUAGAAUUGGUUUAUGAGGAAUUGAUGAAGAUCUGCCACAAUUGUACUAGUCCCGAAUUACAACGGUUCCCUCGGUUACUCACCCAACUCAUCGAAGUCGUCUCUGAGUUGUUGAGAGAACGACUAGGUCCUACUUCCGACUAUGUCUCUAGUUUGAUCUCAAUUCAGGCCGCUUACAUCAAUACCAACCACCCUGAUUUCAUCGCUGGCUCAGCGGCUAUUGCGAGAGAAGGUCAGCAACAGUCUUCGCAGAUGGCAAGGAUACCCUCACAGGCUAGCUCACCAGACGACGAAGAUGAGUCAGUCUCUUCUGACGGAGCAGGCUCAGCCCCACCUAAUGGAGCUCCCCUGAAUAACCUUCAUCCUCGUUCGGCAUCCACGUCAGUACCCGAUAUUCGAAGACCAUCAGUCGCAACCAAAGGAAAUGUUGCGAGUGAAUUAUCGAAAACUCGCCGACAUGAACGUACGGCCUCUGGAUCAAAUACCAUCUCACCUAAUGCUAUCCCUCAACCUCAUAUGGCCAAUACCAUUGGUGGCGGGAUCUCACCCCAUGGCGCAGGUGCCAAACAAUCUUUCCUGAAUUACUUCCUGGGAGGUCCAAAUGGCUUAGACGAACCCCGACCUUCAUCCGCUCCUGCCACCGAAAGACAUCAUCAUCAACAAUCUCGAAUUUCCAACAACUCGAGUAAACAGUCUCAGUCACAGUCGAAAGAUCUUCUUCCUGAUUUGAGUACUGGUAGAAGACCUGGUAAUCUGAGGUCUGGCUUUGGGAUGGAUACUAGUUCGACUUAUGAUAUGAAAUCUUUGGGUAAACAUCUGGAAGCUAACUCCCCGGAUCAUCCAUUACACUUGACAGCACGGGAAGAGAUGGAAACUACCUUGAUCCGAUCUUUGAUCGCCAGUUAUUUCAGUAUCACCCGGCAGACUAUACAAGAUAUAGUACCGAAAUCAAUCAUGCAUCUACUGGUAAACUUCUCUCGAGACGCAAUUCAACAACGAUUAGUCACCCAGUUAUACAAACCUGAUUUAUUCGCUGAAUUGCUAUUUGAAGAUGAAGCGCUUGUAUCGGAACGUACAAGGAUCAAGGCUUUGUUAGACGCUUAUAAGGAGGCUUUCAAGGUGUUGAGUGAGGUUAGUUUGAAAUCGACAUGA